CGAAAUGUUCGAACAAAAGUAAGUUUUACUCCACUAAAUUUAAUUUAAAGAAUCGGCUAGGAAUGACUAAGAUUUACUGCACCGUUUUACUCCUUUAUUUUUCAAAGGAUAGGUUAGAAAUGCCCUUAUAAUUGGUCUUUGCAUAAAAACACAACGAAUCAAUCAAGUUUCAUAUGUACGUACGAAAUGCCAUGCUGGGGUAUCACUGGAUUCCAUAUGUACGUAGGAAAGCAUGCAUACGUACAGCCAUGCGUUGUCGUGUCGUGGCCUCGGCAUGCACGAGGAGAGCCGUCCAGCGCCUCCCCGCGCGUGCAACGACGAUGUACACACGCAGGUACCCGGAGCGUUCCAACCGCCAGAGGUUGACUCACUGUAGCUGUAGCUGGACACAUGGGGACGCAUACGUACGUCCAGCCACGCCGCCAGUAGGCGAAGCUGCCGUGCAUGCGCAGUACAUGUUCCGUUUCAGCUCCAUUUCUCGUCCGUACCGACCACACAUUUCCCAUGGAGCAUACUACAUAGUUUUUUCCCGGAAUCGAGUCGGCGCAUACGUACAGCUGGGGUUUGUUAAAUGGAGCCGGGGAUCCUGUGGGAUCAUCUCAGUCAGGUUCUAAACAAACUUUUUGAUUCACCCAGAUACAGUGCAUACUUGUCGCUGGACUGAUCUCUUGUUGUUGCUGGCCUGGUAUAUACGACGACGUGUGUGACGACUGACGAUAGAUUCAGCGAGGUUGGCUGCUAACCAUCAGAGAUCGGGAGAGAUUUUGUUUGCUGUCUUCUCCUUCCUAGCACCCACCUCAGCCUCAGGCUCAGGGAAGGAGUACGUGUCUCUCUCUCGAUCCAACUGCGGCACUACUUCAUUAGCGCCGUUUCGUUUCUAGGGAUGCAUGAGGGGCAGGCCGGUUCCUUUUGGCUGCCUUGCUGCUACAAAUCACAGUUAUUUUCAAGAUAUAAUUCAGGUGUUUCAGAUUGUACACACAUCAGGACGCCACAGACUAUCUUUCAUCCAGCAGCAUGAGACCGAAUCCCUUUCAUCUGCAGGUACUCCCGGGCAUCCAUACAAUUCUGUGUUUCCAUUUGUCACGGCUAGCGAUGGCAACAACCUUGCAUGUGUCGUCCAAUGAGUUGGGCCAUUCCAUCACCCAACGCUAGCUAAAACGUCGCCGUUUUAAUUAGCAACAUUUCGAAUUUAAAUAUGGAGGGAGGAUCUUGCCUGCUUCGGAUUGCCUCGGCACUAGGGAAAUUUCCACGCACUUGUGCUAUUUUGUUUCUUCUCUUCACAUUCAUCUGAACCCAACAGACUCUCGAGCGUGCAUCUUACUCUCUGCUGGCUGGCCAUGAGGGAGACUCCAUCUAACUUCAGUUAGGAAUAAACAGGAUGCGCUCCCGUGCAAUCUGCCUUGUCUCCCAACGGCACAGAAAAACAGAUAAGCAAGCAGCUUGUCUGGAUGAGAUUCUUGGUGUCCAAUGCUCUCUUCAUCAACCCAUUGCUUCAGCCUCUCCCAUAUAAAUACAGGUACCACAACCCCGAGGCUUCAGCACCAACACACUGCAGCUUGACGUGCCUUGCUUACCCUUCUCUAAUAUUUCCACACAACAAAGCUUCAGUCCUCAACAAUGGCUUGCCAUCUACGGUCGGCGAGCACGCCCUCCAGCCCUCGCUCCAACGAUACACAAGUUGAGCAGCAGCUCCAGAGCCUCAGCGCGACUGUCUCUUCGCCCUCGGCGACCAUCGAUUUGAUGUCCCAAGGUUUGAGGAGGCUGGCAGACAUCUACAGCUGCAUCGAGAAGAUGAUGUGCACACCAAGCACCCAAAUCAGCCUCUGCCAGACCCUGCAAAGGGUAGCCGUUGAGGCAGAGCUCGGACGGUCACUCGUCGUGCUCGACCUAUGCAACGCCGUGCAGGAGAGCUUCAUGGAAUUGAAGAUGACUGUCCAAGAGCUCUUGUUGGCUCUCAAGAGAGGAGGCGACGCGUCUGCUCAAGUCAAGGCGUACAUCAGGCUAGCCAAGAAAGCACAAAAGCAGUUCAAGAAGAUCAGCAAGAAGACUGCUUCCAACAAGAACGAUUCUAGGGUGGUGAUGCUAAUGGCAGAAGCGAGAGAGAUCACCAUCUCACUGCUCGAAUCCACAUCCUCAAUCUUAUCCAAGCAAAUUGAGAUGCCCAAGUGGUCUCUUGUCUCCAAAACAUCGCACAAGAGCAAAGUCGUGUGCCAAGAGGAGCAAUUGCAGGCACUGGAGAGCAGUAUUGGAGAUCUUGAGAGCGGAGUGGAGCUUCUGUACAGGAGAUUGAUCCAAAACAGAGUUUCUCUUCUCAACGCCCUUAGUUCGUAGAUACCCUGAGCUAUGGUUCC